CUGACUGCUAGCCUUCAUCGUUGCAAUCAGCACUUCGUCGGGAAAAAACAUUUCCUCUUGUUUCAACUUGUAUUUCAUGUUUAGAGACCAGAAUCCUAUAAAUAAAACCAGAAAUAUUCACCAUAUUCGAUUUUCGCUAUUCUCUCUGCAAAAGUCGGAAGUGGUCGAUAUUUACUUGUAGGAAGCAAUGUCCGCUAGGUUGCUGAAGAAAGUCUUGAAAGAACAGGAACAGCAGCAGCAGCAGCAUCACGAAGAAGAAGAAGAGGAGGAAGAGGAAGUAGAAUCUCCUGUUUUGAGCAAUCGCCCUCCAAUAAAUCCAUUCGACCUCCUCAACGACGGUGAUUCUGAUCAGGAGAAUGAGUCAGAAAUCAUUAAUGAAAUCUUGUUGGAAAACAAUGACAAAUGGGAGUCCUCUGUGAUGGGAGGGAUGGCUGGUACAGUGCUGAAAAGCAAUCAGAAAGCUAAGAAAAAGAAGAAGAAGAAGAAAAGCAAGGCAGCUCCACCUUCAAGUGCAAAUAAAGGCGAAAAACCAUUGGAUGAGGCAUUAGAAACUGUGUCCUUGGAUGGUAAUUCUUCCAGACAUCAACCUCAUCCUGUCAAAAUCAAAUUAGAAAAUGCAAAACUUUGUGAAGAGUUUGUUAAACAAUGUACACCAUCCAUCUUGCAAGUGGAUCCUAAAUGUCUAAAUCCUGAGAACGAGUUGCGCAGAAUUUUUGGUUCUAAGGUGGUGAAAUCAUUUGAGAGAAGCAAUCAAGCCAGCAGUUCUAGGCAGGUUCGUGGGGCAAGACGUGGGAACCAUCAUACAAGAAAAACUAUUCUUGUCUCUCCAUUGGAGCAUUGGCCUCGCUGGGAUGGAUCCCUAUCUAUGGAAUUUUUGGAGACUAGGGGUGGUUGCCAUUAUUUUAGGUAUGUGCACUCACCUGCCUAUGAUCAAGCUCAAAGGGCAUUUGAAGCUGCGAAAGCUAUUCACGACCUAAAUGGCAUAGCAAGCAUUCUAUUACACCACCCUUAUCACUUAGACUCACUUAUAACAAUGGCAGACUAUUUCAAAUUUGCGGGCGAGCACCAAAUGUCAGCUGAUGCUACUGCAAAGAGUUUAUAUGCAUUGGAAUGUGCAUGGCCUUCCAUGUUCACCCCAUUUCAAGGUAAUUGCCAGUUGAAGAUCAGCCAUGAAACAAACAAGCCACUGUUUGCAACACUUUUCACACAUAUGAAAAACAUGGACAGGCGUGGAUGCCAUCGUUCUGCCCUUGAAGUUUGCAAAUUACUGCUUUCACUGGAUUCAGAUGAUCCUAUGGGUGCAUUGUUCAGUAUCGAUUACUUUGCUUUGAGAGCAGAGGAGUAUGCAUGGUUGGAACGAUUUUCAGAUAACUAUAAAAGUGAUAACUCCUUGUGGUUGUUUCCAAAUUUCUCUUAUUCCCUUGCCAUUUGCCGAUUUUACCUUGAGAGACAGGAACUUGCAAAAGAUACUCCUCCCUUUGCUGCAAAGGCUACUUCAGCAGAUUUGAUGAAGCAGGCGGUUAUGCUUCACCCUUCUGUCAUUAAGAAGCUAGUAGACAAGGUACCUUUGAAGGAUCGGGCGUGGACAGAUAUAUUAAAACAUACCUUUUUCCGAUCAGAGAAAACAGGGUCCCCAUCUCUGGACCAUCUCAUCAAUAUAUAUGUAGAAAGAAGUUACAUCAUAUGGAGACUUCCAGAUUUGCAGAAAUUGCUCCGUGAUGCAGCUUUACAAAUAAUUGAAACUCUUGAGCAUAACAGCAGUGAAGCUAAGGAUUGGGCUUGCGUGCGAAAAGAAGCUUUCUCAUCUGAGAACAAUGAGUAUAGCCAUUUGCUGGUUUUGGAUUUUUCUGAUACCGUGCCAACUCUUCCCCCGGAAAACCUGCAAAAUUUUAUGGUUGACCCAAGAAUGAGGGACGCUGAGCAAAAUGGUGGCCAAAUAGCCAAUCCACUUGAUGUUGGCGAUAUUGCUCCUCGUGGUGUUGCAAAUCGUAAUGCCUUGGCUGUCUUGUUCGAGUCAAUGUUGCCUUGGGUUCAUUAUGGGGCUAGAGAAGAUGGAGGAGCUAACGAGGAGAACCAAGCUGAUGGCCAUGACCAAAGCAAUGAAGAUUAAGUUGGCGAUGUGCUUGUAGUAGCAGAGAAGAUUAUAUUGAUAUCAUCCGUCUGAAUGUAUAUCCACCCUUUUGCUUAGUCGUCAAGUUGAAAAUUGCUGGAAUAUGUUGGGAACAGAAUUGAUCCAUUCUUAAUACAUAACUGAUACUGUUAGAUGCCCUUUCUACUAGUGUAUUCAGCUGAGGAUGGGUAUUUGCAUUCACAAAAGCAAUUUACAGGGAUUUUCCUUAUUAUUCUACCGUCA